AUGAAUUACAAGCCAAAGAAGGGGACGUGCCAGCUGUUGGGCCCAGUUUCCCUUAUAAUACAGUGUCUCAUGGGAUUACUCGUCGUCAUGGUGCUUCUUUUGAAGAGGAACUACGAACACCCACGCAGGAAACUGAUCGUUUGGGCCUACGAUAUAAGCAAGCAGAUGAUCGGAUCGCUAGUGAUCCACUUCUUGAACCUGGGCAUCAGUGUGUGGAAGAGGCGAUCGUCCUCGGUGCGGUUCCUCUUCCAUAUGGCAGGGGCAGGGGACGACGGGGACGACGGGGACGACGGGGAGCAGUGUGACUGGUAUUUUGUGAACCUGCUGAUGGAUACCACACUGGGUAUCCCCAUACUGUGGGUCACUUUGCAUUAUAUAGAGAAGCUGGCGCACAUGUGUAACAUCACAAACGUCGAAAGCGGGAACUACUUUGAGGAACACCACACGUUGGAGCCGGAGUUGGAUUUAGAUAGUAACGAGUGUACCGGGUGGUGUGGUUCGUUCCACAUGCAGGGCAAGAUCCCGCUGUUUUCCGCCUUUUGCAAGCAGUUGGUCGUGUUUAUCUUGGGACUCGUCGGUAUGAAGUUCGUUAUAUUUUUGGUGCUCAACUACUUCGAGGACAUGGCGUACUGGUUCGCAAACCUUGUUCUGGGAUGGUCAGACCCGUGGCCGAACUUUCAAGUGUUUCUGGUGAUGUUCGUCUCCCCAGUGCUGCUCAACUGCUUCCAGUACUGCUGCAUCGACAACAUCAUCAAACUGCAUCACCUCAACAAAGAGAACUUGGACAAUUUUGAGUCCAAGGACAACGUAGCGAUGCUUGUGGGGGACGUCGAAGAGUCUGAAACAGACGAGAGAAGCGCGCCAGCGUGUUCAAGUAAUGAAAGCAGCGUCUACAACAGUCUACUUGGAGUGAAGGGUAAACCUCAACGCGACGGUAGAUCAUCCUACGGGUCCAAUGGGUGA